AACUAUCGUGAUUAGCAUGCAGAUUAUGGGAACCACUUAAAAUUAUAUUGAUAAAAUUGACUCCUCAAACAGUUACACUCCUGAAUUAAAAUCGCAGAACGCAAAAAUAUCCGAAAAUGAAGGGAUUAAUAAUCAUUUACAUUUUUGUGCUGUUCAACUUCUUGGAAUCAAUUUCAUGUGCCCCCACAAACACUGAUCAGGACCACCGUCCGGUUGCUUAUCGUGAUGCCGACAUUCGUAAAGCUCUAUUCCAACCUCUCAACUUUUGGAGACCGGAACGGUACAAGUGGCCGCAAGGAACCUUACCAUAUGUCCUCAGUCCCUUGUACACCAGUGCAGAACGUAACAUUGUGCUGAACGCGAUUGCAGAAUGGGAGGCAAAGACGUGUGUCCGUUUUAUCCCUCGACAACCUCAUCAUGUCGAUUAUCUCGAAAUAACCCCAGACGAUUCAACUUCCAGCUACUGUUACUCCUAUGUGGGACGCCAAGGAGGGCGACAAUUAAUGAAAAUGUUUGGAGAAUGUCUUCGUCAUGCUGCAAUGAUUCAUGAAUUAGGACAUGCGAUUGGUUUUAACCAUGAACAUCAACGUCCUGAUCGGGACGAUUUUAUUCUAGUCCACCUUGAUAACAUUAAUCCAGUCCACCUUGAUAACAUUAAUCCAGCUUAUCAUUAUGCCUUCGACAAGUACAGUUCGGAUCAAGUGGACAAUUUAGGGACUCCUUACGACUACACCAGUGUUAUGCAAUACCCGUAUUACGCAUUUUCUGAUGGUGACCCAAACAGGCCAGCAAUGACCCUUCCAGAUGGAUCUAUCGAUUCCAUACGUUACGAAGCCCAACAACUCAGCUCGAUGGACAUUUAUAAAGUCAACCUCUACUACAAUAAUUGCAAUUAACUAAAUAUUUGUACCGAAUAAAUUCUGCACUUUCAAGAUUCAAGACUUAAAUUUUAAGUAUCGAAGAAACCGGUUUAGUUGGUCACGCGCUUUCGUACCAUAAUGUAAAAAAUUGAAUGAAUCAAAGGUGAAGGUAAUUUGCUGGACACAUAAAUACAUAUGCAUAAAUAGAGAUAAAAAAUGGUCUGCUGAUGAGUAGUAGUGAGUUCAUAUGCCGUAUAAAUGAUCACUUUGUCCACGUACGUAUAAGUAGUUAUUGCACGGACGUCGUGUAACUCGUCAAGAUCUGCUAAUAAAUAAUUUCCUCACAAUUGCUCAAUUUUGCAAUGGCACCUCCCCCAUUUUCGCCAACAGUUUUAGGGCGUUGGAAGCAGUUUGAGUUUCAAAUGAUUACAGAUCCAUCCCAAUAUCCAUCCGUUUUAGAGCAUUUGCACAACAACUUUUUUCGAAGUACUCCACUCACCCAGGGAUUAGACUAUUCAAAAGAAUAUUUUGACGAGUUUGAUAAAAUUUAUUUAACCACAUUACCUCAAAAUCUAAGCUUUGCUGCUGUCGAUGUUGAGACCAAUGAGAUUGCAGGACUUCGGAUUACGUAUGUUCAAGACAAAGAGCUCGAGAGAACAUUUGAAUAUCUUGGAUUUGAGACACCGCAAAUGAAAAUAAUGCAAAAGAUCAUGGGAACAGUUAAUCACAACUCAAAAAUUUACGAAACUUAUGGGAUUGAUUCGUUUGUAAAUUUUUACACUGCCUGCGUCGAUCCGAAAUAUCGGGGUCAGGGAUUGGCGUCGGAAAUGUAUAACCAAGCACUAGCAUUCGUCCGCCAGAGGAAAGACUUUCACUACGUGAAGAGCAACCUAACGUCCCCAUAUACGCGGAAAAUCUGUCACAAGUUCGGUUUUACAGAAUUGGCACGUGUUUACUAUAAUGAUUUUAGAGAUGAAAAUGGAAUACCUUUACUCAAUGGGGCAACUGAUGACGAAUUUGUGGCUUUUAUGUGUCUCAAACUACGAUAAUAUUAACAUUAUUGUUGAUUAAUAAAGGUUAAUUUUUGUAUGUGUGGCCAAUGCCAUACAUUUUAAUUAUGACAACUGCAAA